UUCAUUUCGACAGUAAAAUAUUUAAAUAAUGAUUCUUUACGCAAAGCUUUUCCGUGAAUUUGUUCUUUCUCAUCAUUUCCAUAAAUCUGAAAAAUGGUGGAGGAAAUGCUAAUGGUUUACUUACAUUACACAAAAUGAUAGCUUGUGAAGACAAACAGAAGCAAUGAUCAAGUCCCCUAACCAAAAUUUCCUUCGUUUUCCUCACUCUAGCAUUCACUUAUCCCACAUUCCCAAAUGCACGUUCGUACCCUACAUCUCUACCAAAUCCCAAAUCCACUUUUUCUCCUCAUUGCCACCGGGUGGCUCCAAAACCUUCCGAACCAUUGCCCCAAAAUCCCGGUGCCAGCACGGUCCCCUGUUCGCAAAACGGGUCGGGCUUUUGGCAUCAAUUCUACCCGGUGGAAGCUGGUGGGCCUUGCCGGAGCUCCGGGAAGACGGCGUGGAGCCAACGACGGCCUUGAUUGCUCUCCGGCGAAUAUGGGAAUUGGUCGCCGAUGAGCGAUGGGCCGCGUUUGUGGCGGUUGGGUCUCUUGUAAUUGCUGCUCUUUCAGAGAUCUCCAUACCAAGUAUAUUGGCAGCAUCAAUAUUUUCAGCACAGAGUGGUGAGACUGUGGCGUUCUCUAGGAAUGCACUGUUUUUACUUCUUUUGUGCUUAACUUCAGGGAUAUGCAGUGGCCUACGAAGUGGCUGCUUUGGAAUUUUGAAUGUAACCUUGGUAAAGCAUCUACGAGAAAACUUAUAUGCAACAAUUCUUUUUCAGGACAUCUCCUACUUUGAUAAAGAAAGAGUUGGUGACUUGACAAGCAGGCUCACAGCAGAUUGUCAACGGUUAUCCCAUGUGAUAGGAAAUGAUCUUCAGCUCAUAUUACGCAACACUUGUCAGGGAACUGGAGCAAUACUUAAUUUGAUGGUUUUAUCUUGGCCUCUAGCAUUAUCUGCCUUGGUGAUUUGUUGUAUUUUAUCUGCAAUUUUCAUUGUUUAUGCACAGUAAGCAUCGGUAACAUCUUCCCCUUUAUGUUAAACCCAUAGCUUUGCUUCACUAUUUUCUUACAUAUUUUGGUUCUCUUUAGUUUUUGUAUUUUUUAACAAGAUCUCCUGUCUUCCUA